CCGUGAAGUCCAAAGAUGAUUAUCUUUAGAGGGCAGCUGGAAGAUGACCCGAGGGGAACUUUCAUCCCGCUGUGGAGUCCAGGGAAGCAAGCACAGGUGCGGGCGUGGGCCGGUUCUGCACCUCUCUGAAAUCUGAUAGGGGCGAGGACCUUCCGAAAGCACCCUGGAGAACACGGCCAGCAGCCCAGCAGCAGCAGCUCGGAAGCGCGAGCUGGAACCUGCGGCGAGCCUGUGGGGAGCCGUUAGCCGACCCCGCUCGCCGCAGCACCCCUCCUUCGCCCCCCACCGCCCACGAGGCCCCGCCUCUGGAGUGACGCGCGGGCCAGCGGAGGCGGGAGCGUGGGUGGGCCGAGCCCGCGGCCGCCGGCGAUUCGGCCGGCGCAGCCACACCACCCCGCGCCCCGCUCCGCCCGCCCCUCCGGGUGCGUGUUUUCCGGGCUCGCGCCGCGCCGCGCCUCGCCCCGCCUCCGCCUGCAGCCCGGGUGCGCGCGCGCCGCUGCGGCUUUUUCUCCGGCGUCCGCGGCGCGCCCCUACUCGCCCCAGAGCUAGCGGGCACGCGGCUCCUUUCCGCUAGCUUCCCGAGCGCGAGGCGCCAGCCGGCUGCGAAGACGCCGCAGGCGGCUCAUCCGAUUGAAAUCACAAAAGAUAGACGUGUUCUUCUUAAGAGAAAAAGAGGAAAUCUGUAUACUUAAUUGUCGGCUUCCAAAGAUUACUAACUUUUAUCUGUAUCAUUAAAAUUGAACUGCCUUGGCUAUUCUGCUACUCUUACUGCUGCUUCCAUUAUUGCCUUCUUCAGCAAAAUAAGGCUUUCCGAAGCCAAAGAAUAACAAGAAAUAAACACCAUUUUAGAAGCCUUGCCACUAUGAAACUUAAGCUAAAUGUGCUCACCAUUAUUUUGCUGCCUAUCCACUUGUUAAUAACAAUAUAUAGUGCCCUUAUAUUUAUUCCAUGGUAUUUUCUUACCAACGCCAAGAAGAAAAACGCUAUGGCAAAGAGAAUAAAAGCUAAGCCCACUUCAGACAAACCUGGAAGUCCAUAUCGCUCUGUCACGCACUUCGACUCGCUAGCUGUCAUAGACAUCCCUGGAGCAGACACUCUGGAUAAAUUAUUUGAUCAUGCUGUAUCCAAGUUUGGGAAGAAGGACAGCCUUGGGACCAGGGAAAUCCUAAGUGAAGAAAAUGAAAUGCAGCCAAAUGGAAAGGUUUUUAAGAAGUUGAUUCUUGGGAAUUAUAAAUGGAUGAACUAUCUCGAAGUGAACCAGAGAGUGAAUAACUUUGGUAGUGGACUCACUGCAUUGGGACUAAAACCAAAGAGCACUAUUGCCAUUUUCUGUGAGACCAGGGCCGAGUGGAUGAUUGCGGCGCAGACCUGCUUUAAGUACAACUUUCCUCUUGUGACUUUAUAUGCCACACUUGGCAAAGAUGCUGUAGUUCAUGGGUUAAAUGAAUCUGAGGCUACCUAUCUGAUUACUAGUGUUGAACUUCUGGAAAGUAAACUUAAGGAUGCGUUGUUAGAUGUCAGUUAUGUUAAACAUAUCAUUUAUGUGGACAACAAGACUAUCAAUAAAGCAGAAUACCCUGAAGGAUUUGAGAUUCACAGCAUGCAAUCAGUGGAAGAGUUGGGAUCCAAGCCAGAAAACUCGAGCGUUCCUCCAAAUAGACCAGCGCCUUCGGACAUGGCUAUCGUCAUGUACACCAGUGGCUCCACUGGCCGCCCCAAGGGAGUGAUGAUGCAUCACAGCAAUUUGAUAGCUGGCAUGACAGGCCAGUGUGAGAGAAUUCCCGGGCUGGGACCAAAGGACACAUACAUUGGCUACUUGCCUUUGGCUCACGUACUAGAAUUGACCGCAGAGAUAUCUUGCUUUACCUAUGGCUGUAGGAUUGGAUAUUCUUCUCCACUUACUCUCUCUGACCAGUCCAGCAAAAUUAAAAAAGGAAGCAAAGGAGACUGCACUGUACUGAAGCCUACACUCAUGGCCGCUGUUCCGGAAAUCAUGGAUAGAAUUUACAAGAAUGUUAUGAGCAAAGUUCAAGAGAUGAACUAUAUUCAGAAAACUCUAUUCAAGAUAGGGUAUGAUUACAAGUUGGAACAGAUCAAAAAGGGAUAUGACGCACCACUUUGCAAUCUGUUACUGUUUAAAAAAGUGAAGGCUCUGCUGGGAGGGAAUGUCCGGAUGAUGCUGUCUGGAGGAGCGCCGCUGUCUCCUCAGACACACCGAUUCAUGAAUGUCUGUUUCUGCUGCCCAAUUGGUCAGGGUUAUGGACUGACAGAAUCAUGUGGUGCUGGGACAGUUACUGAAGUUACUGACUAUACUACUGGCAGAGUUGGAGCCCCUCUUAUUUGCUGCGAAAUUAAGCUAAAGGACUGGCAGGAAGGCGGUUAUACAAUUCAUGACAAGCCAAACCCCAGAGGUGAAAUCGUAAUCGGUGGACAGAAUAUCUCCAUGGGAUAUUUUAAAAAUGAAGAGAAAACAGCAGAGGAUUAUUCUGUGGAUGAGAAUGGCCAAAGGUGGUUUUGCACUGGAGAUAUUGGAGAAUUUCAUCCCGAUGGAUCUUUACAGAUUAUAGAUCGUAAGAAAGAUCUGGUGAAGUUGCAAGCUGGAGAAUACGUAUCUCUCGGGAAAGUAGAAGCUGCACUGAAGAACUGUCCACUUAUUGACAACAUCUGUGCUUUUGCCAAAAGUGACCAGUCCUAUGUGAUCAGUUUUGUGGUUCCUAAUCAGAAAAGGUUGACACUUUUGGCCCAACAGAAGGGGGUGGAAGGAACUUGGGUUGAUAUCUGCAAUAACCCUGCCAUGGAAGCUGAAAUACUGAAAGAAAUUAGAGAAGCUGCAAAUGCCAUGAAAUUGGAGCGGUUUGAAAUUCCAAUCAAGGUUCGCUUAAGCCCAGAGCCAUGGACCCCUGAAACUGGUUUGGUCACUGAUGCUUUCAAACUGAAAAGGAAGGAACUGAAGAACCAUUACCUCAAAGACAUUGAGCGAAUGUAUGGGGGAAAAUAAAAUGCUGCUGUCUUAUUUACAGUUGUGCAGGAGGUGGCCUGGUGGUUUUUCGGUUCUAGAGUUUUAAGCCUUGUUGAACUGUCUGUUAGAAUGUAAGGUAUAUCCUUCUAAAGAAAUGGUAAUAAAAAAAACCCAAAGUGAUUAAAAUAGUCGUCAAGUCUACUUUAACUUAGUUUUGCGUAGUUCUAGUGAAGCUGAAAUUGAAAAGUUGUUUCCCUUUAGCUGUGUUAUUAGUUUUAGAGCAAAAAUUCUGCUUUUAAAAAUUAGCAUAAGGUAUACUUGUUUUCUUAAAGAAAAAUAUUUAAUGUUGAACACAAUAAAUUGCAGUUGGAAUAGAAUGUAGUUUGAGGAAAUUUGCAGCUUCCAAUGUCUGUUGUCUUUCUAGUGCAGAAAAAGCUUAAAUAUUCAGCAUGACAAAAAAAUCUGUAUUAACACUACUCAAAGCAGAAGUGCCACAGGGCUUUAGAAUUCUCUCCUGACCAUUUAUCUUGAAGGGAAACUUCAAUCGUAAUAUAAUAUACAGACUCAAAUAAUACCUUGGAAACCAUUUUAGGAUUCAUAAUUAUUGCCUAGGUUAGACAUAGAAUCAUUGUAAUAUUGUGAAUAAUUACAGUGCCUGAAGUAAGAAUAAAACAAAAUAAACACACCAAAAAAUAUCUAGUAAUAUAUUUAAAGGGAAAUUGAACUGCCUUUUUGAAACUUGGAGGUCUAAAAAUCAGUAACUGUAAUUAUUUGAAUGACUUAAGAGUAAAGUACAUUUUUAAAACUGGUGAAACUUGCCUUUCUAUGUUUGUUCCAAGUAGAUGACUGAGACCAAGAGUAAAAUGAUAGAAAGUUAAUCAGAUUUUAAUAAGCAGCAUUUUCUCUGUUAGAAAAGGUGAUGAAAUUAUAGAUAUUUCAAAUUAAUGACCCUUGCAUAGCACUGAAUCUGGGAAAGGAUUUCGACUCUGAAUUUAUCUUUGAUAACAGGGAUUCAUUUUUAAAUGUACUCAUAUUAAAUUACACUUGUAAUUUAAGAUCUGUUGAUUUGAUUCUUGAUCAGUAGUUUGUAUGUGAGAAAGCCUUUCAUUUUGCUUUAAUUUUAGCAAAGCGGGUUAUGAUGAAUGACUUCUCCAAUAUCUUGUUGGAAUCUAUGAGUGAUUAAUUACCUUGCAUGAAUUUUGGGAAGUUAAAGGGAAGAACACACUGUUACCACUUUUUUCCUCUUGACAAGAAGACUUUAGAAACUGGAAGUGCUAGAUUUCGGAGAAGGGAAGUUACUCAAUAAGGGCCUGAUAUUCGUGCAGUAACUUGGCAUGUGGGCUUCUUUUUGAAUCUUUAAUUAAAAUUUGGGAUUAUAUAUCCCUGAUAGAUAUUCACACUUGAACCAUAGUUACUGUAAAGAGCAAAAAUUCUUAAUAUCAUUAUUCUUUGCACUUUUUUCUUAAUCAUUUUAUAUAUAUACAUAUAUAUGUUGCUUAUAUUGCUUUGUACAGAUGUGGGCCACCACUGCAACAAAAUACAUUCUUUUUGCUCUAAAAUAUUUAUAAAGAAGAUUUUUAACUGUGUUGUGUAUAUGGUGGUAAAAAGGAUAAAAUCAUCUGGUGUUAUAUAAGCAAGAAUGAAGGUUUUUGUAAAGAUUUCUGUUCAGCGUUCUGCAGUGUAAAAUUCGAGGUGCGUUCUCCUUGAAGUUAUGUGUAUGUGACUAUUCUCAUUCUUUUCAACUUGCCUUUGAAGAGUGAAAAACCAUUAUUAUCAAGUAGACUACUGUUCAGCUUCUACUGUUUCUGGCCCACUGUUGAUCCUUUAAGAAGAAUUUCCUUAGACUUUUUCAAUAUGUGGUUUUUUUCCCCAUUUGGAAUGAUUUUAAAUGCGUGAGUGCAUGCAUACUUGGAUGUUUCCACCCCCCAUCAACCCCCAUCUCCCAAAAGCUAGAACACUGCCAGCUAAUCUGUUGUAUGGGUCCUUUAGAAACACGUAAUUAACACUUAAGGUUGGGUGCUGCUAAUUCUUUGCGAAAAUCCAAAUAUUGUUAAGGGACCAGGGAGAUGCCACUGCCCCCUAAUUUUUCAUCUAAAAAUAUACAUGUUUAUGUAAACAGAUCUUUCCAUACUCAUAGUGAUUUUUCAAGUAUUUGAGCCUAAAGAUUUUGAUCCUACGUUUUUAUACCUGUUUAAAUCGUUCACUGUUAUUAUUACAUGUCAGCCAUCAAAUAAAGUUGUACUUAAAAAAUUUACUACAAUUAUGUACGUUUCUAAGUCGAAUACUUAUGACUUGUUUUAAUUACAGGAAAGUAUCUUGCCUCCUUGAUAUUUAUAAUCCUUUUUUUCCUAAAAUGGAGGUAUAAUUAUAUGACUUUUAAGAACUGAAAUACAGAUAAAUGAUUUAAAAAGUCAGAGGUUAAGGAGAUUAAUGUUUCUGUGGUCAUAAAGACUGAUUGAUAAUCCUUGCCUAUAUAUUCCUGGUAGCAUAUGACAAAUGUUUCUGAGGUAACAAGAUGAGAACAGGUUAAAGAUUUUGGGAUUUGGAGAGAAAUAUUUUAAUUUUUAAAUGUAGUUAAACAAAUUAGAAUGUAUUCAUAUUUGUACUUUCUGUUAAAAUGCAUGAUUACAGGAUUGUUACUUAGAUUUUUGUGUUUACUCUUGGUGAAAAGCUUUGUUUUUUUCUUGUUUUUAAGUUUGCACUCGAAUCUUAAGAAAUAAAUCCACCCAUGUUAUCAAGCCAA